AUGGCGACCGGGCAAAUUGAAAAUAUUGAGGUACGCUACAGCUCUAUAUGUCAGAAACCAUUACGAGAAAGAUGCCAGGAAUUGACGACUUUAACAACAGAAUAUCAUAUUAGAGAAUUACAACAUAUCUUUCCACAAUUGGUACGGGAUAUCUUCGGCUGUGGAAAAAAUCAUGAUUGGGGUAUUUUUUCUUCUCAUCGUGUACACGAUCGAUGGGAUACCGAUACAUUAGAAAACUUUCUGUCCCCUUACGAUGGUGGCAUUUUUGGUAUGAUUAACAAAUUAGAAAGAGAAGAAAUACGAUUUGAUUAUCCUCUAAAGAACAUACCUCUAGCACUAACUACGAAUAUGAACGAAUCAGACGAUUUGUAUUGUAAAUUAGUAGAGAAGUAUUUAAAUUACUUUUUGCCCGCCGAUGGAUCACCAAUUAAGUCGACUGCCUUGGGUAUGAACAAGUCUAUCGCUACAUCUCCAACCAAAAUUAUCACGAAUAGGUUUCAUGGUAGUCGCUUACUCAAGCCUACUAUGACAGUAAUGGAAGAAUCAUUUACCGGCUGUAGCAAUUCAAUGAAAGACGCAGUAGAAAGAUCUGAUGCCUUAGUUCAGAUGCAGCAAAAUGUCAGCACUGUGCCGUCCUACGAUCAUGUACGAAUUGUUCGGCGCUUUAUAAAACAUAUGCAUUACUUUUGCAACUGCAGUAAAGGAAAGGUAGCCAGUGAUGUCAUCAAUUAUUCUCUUAAUAGUACAUUUUCUGCUACUGAGAGUUUAAGAAGAAUUGCAAUCCCUGAGUAUAUAGCGAAGAAGCUGUUUGGAUUUCUUCAGUUUUCAUUUGACCACUGGCCAAUGGAUUCUAGUUUUCGUGUGGUUUUGGAGACAUGGUUAAGCUAUUUACAGCCAUGGAGAUAUCUUGAUAUUAAUGAAAAGCCACUGCCAAGUAGUAUGAGUGAUGCAGCAGAUAUUAGAAAAUGGAAAGAGUUCGUUUUCAACAACAUAGGCGUAUAUUCCAUUUUAUUUCAUAAAUAUCUCCUUCGGGCUCUAAGAUCUGAUUUAACAAGUACAAGGGAAGCACAUCUGUUGAUGAGAGUGUCCAAAGUCAUGAACCAACCUGGAUUAAUGAAUAUUAUGGACGAAGGUGAAGCACUUCUGUUAUCUGAUAAUGGUAGAAUGAUGGAAUCUUACACUAACAAUGAACAGCAGGCAUUGACAAAUAUGCAAAAACAUCUUGAUAGUCUAUCUAUAAUUUACCAGCCGAUUUUAGAACCAAAUAUGAGAGACAUGAUCAAAAAGCUGUUAAAGAUCAUUAUUGAAGCGACUCGAAAACUUAAAAUGACUUCUGAAAAAGCUCAAAAGACUGGUUUUAUAAAUUCCGUAGUUUCCUAUUUUAGCGCAGAAUUUGAAACAGAACAGGAGAAAGAUGCUACUAAGACCAUACAAUAUCUUGAACAGGCCCGAUAUUGUAUUACAGAAAUGUAUCAAAUAUCCCAAUCCGAGGAAAAUACAAUAUUAGCAAAUGUUGAGAGCCAAAUGCCUGGUAAUACUCGUACUAAUUUACCUGACCAUACUAUCACCGGGUCUGGACUCACCUUAACGCCCUUAGGCAGAUAUCAAGUUAUGAAUGGACUUAGAAAGUUUGACCGCUUGCCUGCUCGAGUUAGCCUUGCUAACAGACCUAUACGACGUUCCUCUGAAAACGCAUUCCUAGCCCGCUUUUUUUACAAUUUAGCAGUCUACAUUAAUAUCUACGUAAUGGGCAAAGCUCCUACUGACGAUCCUGGCAUGAUUGCAGUGUUCUUACGAUAUUUUGCCUCUUACAGUUUUAUCUGCUUGACGUCUUUAAUAUGCAUAUUUAUGUUUUGUUCAUCGAUAUUUCGUAUAUCUGUUAUAAUUGCUGCGGUCGAAAGUGUAACUAGUAACUUCAUAAUAAUAUUUUUUUUGAUUCUAUCACUAUGGACAUUUAAAAGUUUAGCUAUAGUAGGAUAUCAACAAUUUCAUGGUAAUAACAGAAGGAAAAGAACCAGCGUAAGAUAG